UGAGCGCGGGGUUAUAUAGGGGAGCUGCUCGCCAGUCCCGGCGCGCCAGGCGAAGCCGUUAUCCCUCCCGAUCGCUGCACGGCAGGGGACGUCGGAGAGGAGGAUGGCGGCAAUGGCCAGGCUCGCCCUCCUGCUGCUGGGCUGCACGGGCCUCCUGCGCUGCACUGGCACCCGCUACCUGCUCCACUGCCCCAAGGGCUGGUCCUACUACAAGCUCAGCUGCUUCAAGUACUUCAGGCAGCUCCAGAGCUGGGACGAGGCGGAGGCGCAGUGCCAGGCCAGCGAGCCCGGCGCCCACCUCGCCUGGGUGGAGGAGCCCCGCGAGGCGGCCACCCUGCGGAAGGUGGUCUCCUACUACCAGCGCUCCCAGCCCGUCUGGAUCGGCCUCCGCGCCACGCAGGACCAAGCCUGGCGCUGGGCCAACGGGGCCAACUACACCGAGGACAGCGGGCUCCCGGGGAGCGGCGGCGACGGCACCUGCGCCAUGCUGCCCUACACCACCGGCUUCGCCAGCUGGUCCGGCACCAACUGCACCCAGCAGCACCCCUUCCUCUGCAAGAGCACCCCCGCGGCCUGAGCGCCGCCCCCGCGCCGCCAUGCCGCCCACCCGCCUGCCCCCCGGAGCGCCGCUGCUGAGAAAAGACGACAAAAAUAAAAAUAAAAGACCAU